GCCCAGAUCCGCCCCUGGCCGCCGCCGCGACGACCAUCCGCCCAGCGCGGCCAUGGCGCCGGCCCUCGCCCUCGCCCCGAUUCGCGACCUCCUCACCUCCUUCAGCCCCUCCUCCGACUUCCUCGCCCUCUCGUCCGGCGACGGCCGCAUCAAGGUAUGGGACGCCGUGCGCGGCCACUUGCAGACGGAGUUCGCCGACAUCCCCGCGGUGGAGGUCGGGGCGCUCCCCGAGACGAAGCGCGGCCACCUCGCCCUCGACUACACCUGCAUGAAGUGGGUACAACUCUCCACCAAGAAGAAGCGGAAGGCUGGGAGUUCGCUGCUCGUGCUUGGGACGGGCAGUGGCGAUGUCCUUGCGCUCGACGUUGCUGCGGGCCACUGGAAGUGGAGGAUCAGCGAUUGUCAUCCUGGGGGUGUGACAGCAGUGGCAUACUCGAGGCAUGGGCGGAGUGUGUACACAGGAGGCGCUGAUGGCAUGGUCUGUAAGAUUGAUGCCUCAGAUGGAUCUGUUGCAGGGAAAUUUAAAUCUUCGUCGAAGGCAAUAUCUGCGUUGGCAGUUUCAUCAGAUGGAACAGUUUUGGCAACAGCAGCUGGUCAGUUGAGGACCUUUGACGCUUCUGACAACAAAAAAAUUCAAAAAUUCUCUGGGCAUCCGGUGUCUGUGAGAAACAUGAUUUUUAGUAACAAUGGCAAAUAUGUUCUGUCAUCUGGAGUUGGGGAACGCUAUGUUGCCAUUUGGAAGUUGGGCAGUGGUAAAAGUCAGAGUUCAAGCUGUAUACUCUCUAUGGAACACCCAGCAAUCUUUGUGGACUGCAUGUGUUCAGGUACUAAUGCUACUGAAGGAGAAAUAGAUGUGUUGGCUAUCUCUGAGGUUGGUAUCUGCUAUUUCUGGUCUGGGAAUAACAUGGAUGACUUGCGCAAUAAGAAGCCUACUAAGAUUGCCUUGUCCGAGUCCUCCCUUUCAAGAACGAAUCAGGAUUUCAUGAUAUUUGCCGCAAAACUUCAAGGAAUAGAUGGACCUAAUUCGGCUCAUGUCCUUCUGGCAUAUGGAUCCGUGGUGAAACCAUCUUUCGAUAAGCUGCUGGUUUGUUAUGGUAAGGAUGUUAAUUUGGGUGUAUCUGAAGAUGGAGUUCUCUUACCUACAGUUCAACCCACCAUGCACCAGAAAGGUCAAUCUGCUAAAACAAAAGUAACUAUCACUGCUCUAGACCGUGCGAAUGCAGAAGAUGCCAUUCUUCCUCUUCCGAAGCUUCAUACACAAGAAAAGAAAAGGAAGCAUGGUGUAACAAAACCGAGUGGCGUCAAACUUGCGAUUGAUAGUGACCUUGGUACCACUUCAAGGUUGACCGAGAAAAGAGGAUCAGACUCUCGCCCUUCACUAUGUGCCCUCGGAGUUACAGUUGGAACAGUUUUGGCAACAGCAGCUGGUCAGUUGAGGACCUUUGACGCUUCUGACAACAAAAAAAUUCAAAAAUUCUCUGGGCAUCCGGUGUCUGUGAGAAACAUGAUUUUUAGUAACAAUGGCAAAUAUGUUCUGUCAUCUGGAGUUGGGGAACGCUAUGUUGCCAUUUGGAAGUUGGGCAGUGGUAAAAGUCAGAGUUCAAGCUGUAUACUCUCUAUGGAACACCCAGCAAUCUUUGUGGACUGCAUGUGUUCAGGUACUAAUGCUACUGAAGGAGAAAUAGAUGUGUUGGCUAUCUCUGAGGUUGGUAUCUGCUAUUUCUGGUCUGGGAAUAACAUGGAUGACUUGCGCAAUAAGAAGCCUACUAAGAUUGCCUUGUCCGAGUCCUCCCUUUCAAGAACGAAUCAGGAUUUCAUGAUAUUUGCCGCAAAACUUCAAGGAAUAGAUGGACCUAAUUCGGCUCAUGUCCUUCUGGCAUAUGGAUCCGUGGUGAAACCAUCUUUCGAUAAGCUGCUGGUUUGUUAUGGUAAGGAUGUUAAUUUGGGUGUAUCUGAAGAUGGAGUUCUCUUACCUACAGUUCAACCCACCAUGCACCAGAAAGGUCAAUCUGCUAAAACAAAAGUAACUAUCACUGCUCUAGACCGUGCGAAUGCAGAAGAUGCCAUUCUUCCUCUUCCGAAGCUUCAUACACAAGAAAAGAAAAGGAAGCAUGGUGUAACAAAACCGAGUGGCGUCAAACUUGCGAUUGAUAGUGACCUUGGUACCACUUCAAGGUUGACCGAGAAAAGAGUUCCAGUGCGAAGAAUUGAAAACGACAGCAUAUGCAUUGAAGAUCUGAUGAGGAAAUAUGGCGUCAUUGAUCAGAGUCUCGUCGGCCAUCCUGACAUGGCCACUAAAAUCUUAUCAGAUAUGUUUAGUAGCAGUGGCAUAACAAUUGACGCUAAUUUACCCAGCAAGAAGAUUCGAGCACAUCUAAGAUCUUUAAAGCCUGGAGAUGCUUGCAAGCUUCUAGAGAAUUUAGUAUGUGCAUGGAGAUCAAGAUCUGGUAGCGCUGAGCUUGUUUUGCGUUGGAUAUACUGCUUACUGGUAAUUCAUGGUCGUUUUAUCCCCUCGGAGAAAUCAAGAAAACUAAUUAGCGACCUGGAGAAGAUGUGUGCAGAAAGAUACACAGCAACUGAAGAUUUACUGAAGCUUUCUGGUCGUCUUCGGCUGAUAAUGGCACAGGUUGACAAGGAUGUGAAAGAUGUAUCGGCGAAGGCCGCAGUCCAAUCUGAUGAAGAGGAAGAAGAUGAAAUUGAUGAAAUGGUGUAUGGUGAAGACGUGGAUUUGUCUGAAAACAGUGACGAUGAUGCUGAGUAGAAUCGCAGCAUUGUUGGCAUGUCUCCGAGAGACUUUUCGACUUUGUGUACGGUCAAGAUGUAUUUUUCAAGCUUAGAGUCCAUAGUCGAGUUUGUAAAACGCGCAACGACGGAAGGUUGCACUAAUUUUGACAACAGGAGGUAAUAUCUGAAAGGCAUUUUUGUAUGGAAACUUAUCCUAUCUAUGCAUCCGAGAAACUUUGCGCAUC